UACGAUAACCAGCCAGUCCUCGAUCGAGUGUAAAAACGAACGCACAGAAUUAUUUUGAAAUUGUGUUGUUGGUGGAUGUGAUUUUUCAAAAUGGAUGGUAGUAAGGGAAUCAACAAGACAACAGCCUCUAAACUGGACAAUCAGAUUUAUUGCGUCAGGUAUACGCUGAUGUGCUUCAAUGUGGUUUUGUGGUUAUUCGGCGUAUCUAUAUUCGCUCUUUGUCUAUGGAUCUGCUUCGAGCCUGGCUUCAACGAAUGGAUGAGGAUCUUGGAGCUCCAAAAAUACUUUAUCGGGGUGUACAUCAUUCUAAUCGGCUCAUUGAUCGUAAUGGUGGUGUCUUUCAUCGGUUGCGGUGCAGCUAUUACGGAAAACACUACGAUUUUACUUGCGUAUAUUGGCACCCAAAUAGCAACUUUCGUUUUUGGUCUAAUUGGAUCUUGCGUAGUUCUCGAUUUCUCCACAUACGAUUCCAGUAUACAGCCUCUUAUCAAAGACAUUAUCAUGAGGCUGAUCCACAAUCCCCAACACGAAGGGAGCAAGUUUAUCUUAAGAAUGGUUCAGGAAGGGAUUGGCUGCUGUGGUGCUGACGGCCCCAUGGACUACAUCAACUAUAACAAACCACUUCCAUCAGAGUGCCGUGAUUCCGUAACCGGGAACGCAUACUUCCAUGGCUGCAUUGAUGAGAUGACCUGGUACCUCGAAGGAAAGACUGGAUGGUUGGCUGGCAUCGUGCUCGCCUCUUGCAUGAUUUCUGUAAUCAACGCUGUCAUGUCUCUGAUCCUUAUUCAAGCAGUGAAUAAAGAAAAGGAGAUCGGAGAAAAAAGUAGAUUAAGGGGAAACCCAUAUGAUGAUUAGUGUAAACGUGCGUAGUGUAAUAUUACAAUUAAGACAACAAUUUUAAAUUUAUAAUCAAGUUAUUUUAAAUACAUUGUAAAUUCAUAAUUUUAUUAUUAUUGUUAUGUGAUAAUCAUGUAAUGUAAAGAAGAAUAUAACCUUCAAGAAAAGAGCAUAUUCCCUUUUAAAAGGCCGGCAGCACACCUGCAAUGCCGUUGGUGUUGUGGGUGACCAUGGGCGGCGAUAAUCACUUACCAUCAGGUGAGCCGCAUGCUCGUUUGCCCCCUGUGUUGUAAAAAAUAAUAAUAAUAAUGCACAAUCCCCUCUCAAGAAGAAACAUUAUAAAAAACCUAAUUCCAGCUGUGGGAUUUCAAGAGAUUGUAAAAUUAAGGCGAUUUACGUGUAAUGAAUAGGUAGUGAGAAAAAUAUAUUGCUUUAUCUAUUCUAUUGUUUCUACUAUAACCACCGUUUGACAUAAGAUAUUUGGUUAUUUAAUAAAUAGAAAUAUUUUUAACAA